CAGAGACACCGUGGUCUACCAGUGUAACCCUGGCUUCAGACUCAUAGGAUCCUCGGUCCGUAUCUGCCAGCAGGAUCACCUCUGGUCUGGACAGCUGCCGCUGUGUGUCUCAAUCACAUGUGGCCAUCCAGGCAGUCCCAUCUAUGGGAGAACUACAGGGGACGGAUUCAACUACAACGAUGUGGUCAGCUUCUUCUGUAACCAAGGUUACGUACUGGAGGGAGUGUCCAGAGCCCAGUGCCAGGCGAGUCGCCAGUGGAGUCAACAGCCACCUUCGUGUAGAGUGGUGAACUGCACAGACCCUGGCAUCCCGGCUAACUCCAUCAGGGAGAGUAAGAUAGAGCACGGUAACUUCACCCUGGGCAGUGUGGUGUUCUACACCUGUAACCCUGGAUACUACCUGUUCGGUUCCUCUGCACUGACCUGUCAACCUAUUGGCCACUGGGACAAACCUCUACCUGAAUGUCUUGAGGAGGACUGUGGGAACCCUGGCUCUCCUCCCUACGGUACCAUGGUUGGGGACAAGUUCUCGUUUGGCUCCACGGUGCAGUACUCCUGUUCAGGGGACCGAGAGCUGAUUGGAGAGUCAUCACUCACCUGUCAAAUCAAUGGACACUGGAGUGGACCCAUACCUCACUGUUCAGGAGACUCUGUAGGGAGCUGUGGGGACCCUGGUACACCCGUCCAUGCAAGCAGAGAGGCCAGCAACUUCCAUCUGCGUAGUAAAGUCCGCUUCACCUGCGCUGUGGGCCACACACUGUACGGCUCAGCUGAGAGGAUCUGCUUUCCCAAUGGGACCUGGUCUGGGAGACAGCCCUACUGCAAACCGGUGCACUGUGGUAACCCGGGGACACCUGCUCACGGCCGUAUUUUCCGGGUCGACGGUACGACCUUCACCCACUCUGUAGUCUACUCCUGUAUGGAUGGAUACCUCCUCUCAGGCACGCCCACCAGACACUGUCUGGCCAACGGCACCUGGUCUGGCACCGCUUCUAACUGCACUAUGAUCAGCUGCGUUGACCCAGGUGUUCCUGCUAAUGGUCUGAGGUUUGGAGAGGACUUCACUGUGGGCCACAACGUCACCUUCAUGUGCCAGCCUGGCUACCUGAUAGAGGCAGGCGGGGCCACAACUCGCACCUGUACCCACAAUGGCACCUGGAGCGCCACCACACCCAUCUGCAAAGUGGUGACCUGCCCUCCGCCUCCUCCCAUCCACAACGGGCUCCUGGAGGGCUCCGUGUUUGAGUGGGGUACCAGCGUGAGCUACAGCUGCCUGCCCGGGUACGAGCUCUCCUUCCCGGCUAUCCUCACCUGUGUGGGCCUGGGCUCCUGGAGAGAUCUGCCUCAGAUCUGCCUCAGUGUCUGCGUGACCAAGUUCUGUGGAGACCCUGGUACCCCAGCCAAGGGGAAAAGAGAAGGACGAAGUUUAAUCUACAAGUCAGAGGUUACCUUCAGCUGUAGCGCCCCCUAUGUCCUGGUGGGGUCAACUACACGCAUCUGUCAGGACGACAGCACCUGGAGCGGCUCUCAGCCACGAUGCAUAGAACCAUCCAGGACGACCUGUGAGAACCCAGGAACACCUGAAUACGGCUCCAUGAACAACAGCCUGGGGUUCAAGGUGGGCAGUAAGGUGGAGUUCCAGUGCCAGCAGGGCCACCUACUCCAGGGUUCCACCACCCGACUCUGCCUGUCUGACCUCACCUGGAGCGGCUCUCAGCCAACAUGCAUCCCCCAUUCGUGUAAGCAGCCCAAGUCCCCUCCCAAUGCAGACGUGGUUGGGAUGGAGCUGGCUCCGUAUGGCUACACCCUGCUCUACUCCUGCCAGCCUGGCUUCAUCCUGUCUGGGGGUCAGAACACAGGGUCUGCAGGUCUGAUGGAAGCUGGACCGGUAAGGUCCCCAUCUGCAGAGUGGGCUCCAAACAGACGGAGAAACCUACCACAACCUUACAGGGAACGCCAAGCCCCAACAUACACGUCCCUGAUGACGUCUUCGCCCCUGAUUUCAUCUGGAGAGGCUCCUAUGAUUAUAAGAGUCAGAAACAACCGAUGACUUUGACCGUCACUCAUUUUAAUAGCAGCACGGGAAUAGUGAACGCGACGCUAAACGACAGCAACGUGGAAUUCCUGCUCUCUGGAGUGUAUAAGAACCGCGAGGCCAGGUUAAUGCUCCUGCUGUACCACAUGAAAGCCCUGGCCCACAGCACGUAUAGCCGGGUUACCGAGGAGACCUGGGCUAUGGAUGGUUUUGUCUCAGCUGAACCUGACGGGGGCAGUUAUGUAUUCCAAGGCUUCAUACAGGGGAAAGACUAUGGACAGUUCGGGCUGCAGAGACUAGGUAGGUAGGAUUUAGAACAAGGCUUCAUACAGGGGAAAGACUAUGGACAGUUCGGGCUGCAGAGACUAGGUAGGUAGGAUUUAGAACAAGGCUUCAUACAGGGGAAAGACUAUGGACAGUUCGGGCUGCAGAGACUAGGUAGGUAGGAUUUAGAACAAGGCUUUAUACAGGGGAAAGACUAUGGACAGUUCGGGCUGCAGAGACUAGGUAGGUAGGAUUUAGAACAAGGCUUCUGUCUGCAGG